CACCCCCUCUGGUCUCGGAACCUCCCAUCUACUCCCCGUGCCGCCCUCCUUAUGCCGCCCCUACUAUAACUACCAUGCUGAUGCCUAAAGCCCGGUUAUUCGGGUGUACCAGAUGCUCGGGUUUGCCAAGUCCUCCCCUCCCUUUCCCCCUCCUCCAUUUGCCCCUCCUCGUCCGGAUCCUCGUCUCGCCCUUCCGUUUGCCACCCCUCCCAUCCCAUCCCGCCGCUUCCCCCAGCCAAGGCCCAGCCAGUACAUCUCUACUCCCAAUCCACGGAUGCAAAGGGGCAAGAAAUUUCCAUGCGCCACGAGACAGUGAGAGAUACCUCAAGGAGAAAUCAUGUUCCAAAGCAGACAAUAUGUUCGCCUCAGAAACAUAGGCCCAGACAGCACGUCAGGCGACACGGCAACCCGAAAUGGCUCUGCAGCUCAUCAUCAUAAACCUUUGCCACAUUCUCUUCGCCGACCAGCCACAGCCACCAUAGUAUUUCUCGUCUCGAUAGUUUUGAACUUCUUUUUGUUGGGAAAAGUCUUGCUCUCAAACACUGCACGGGACCGGAUAUUGACUUACUCUCCGGCUUUACCUGCCAUUAGCCAUGAACGGGUUGUUUUCUCCAGCGGUUUUGGUAUUGAACAAUCACCAUUCCAGGGGCCACCUUCGGAGGAGAACAACAAGCUCUGGGCUGGUCUCUAUGACUGUAAGUUGCGUGCUGAAAACGCUUUGUUUCCUGAUGUUAUGCUGAGAACUGGCUCGUUUAAAGUCGGGAUCUCGAGGAUUAGCGCAGACGAAGCCCGGCCAAUGGACAACAAAACGCUCCCGAUUCCAGGUCGAGAGGGUGGAUAUGUUGUCCAACUGAGUUUGUUCCAUCAACUUCAUUGUUUGGUAAGAUUGUCCCGGCCUACAUUAUUUUUGCAUGGUCAACCAAAGAGUAACACAGAGCGUCAUUCUCAGAAUCUGAUCCGGAAAGGCUUAUAUGGUGCUGUCGAUAUGACAAACGUGGACGAGCUGCUGGGCAUAGAACAUCUCGAUCACUGUCUUGAUAUGCUCCGACAGAGCGUAAUGUGCAGCAGUGACAUAACGCCAACAACAUUUGCCCGUCAAACUUCCUCCUCUCCCAUGAAGAUUGUCGCCGAGGUCGUGCACACUUGUCGGAAUUUUGCCAAGGUUCAGCAAUGGGCAUGGAAUAGACGGCUGACAACGGAACUGGACAAAAAUACGCUAGUCACCAACGAUCCUCUAGGUUGGGGAACUUACACAUAUUCUCCUUGAACGGGGUUUGAUUGCGAGCUUUGCUGUCUGUUGGUAGAAACAACACACGCGUUUCUAGUUCAAGUAUCAUAUGUGCCAAGAUUUAUUCCAUUGCCUAGUGUUUGCUUGAACUCCUGAAACCUUAGUCUUCUGCAUACUUACCAAGUUCAGAAUCAUGCUUCCAUACCCAC